AUGAUGAACUCUUUACAAAAUACCGUAAAGUAUUUGCGGCUCAUCAACGUUAAAACUGCUCUCAAUACUUUGAAGGAAUGUAAGACAGUUCCAUUCAAAGUGUCUAAGCAACAAAAGCUAGACAUUUCAAAAUGUAAAGCUAUUACAUUCUGCCCCAGAAGUAUCGGUCUCGAAAUCAGAGACAAUCCAACUGAUGGACGUAUCAGGCAGGAUCCACUAUCGUAUAUUCCUAUAGUUAACCCUCGAUCUAUUUUACCUGUUAUUGAUACAAAUUGGAGAAAAGAUGAGAUUGGCUUACCAGCAAUCAGACAAGAAGAGAAACAAGCCGUCAGACUUAUCGUUAUUCGUCGAAAGAAAAUGAAGAAGCACCAGCGCAGAAAGCUAUGGAAAAGAAUGAGACACCGUUGGGCUAGAAUUAAAAAAAACAGACGUCAGAUGAAGGAGAAGAUCUUCCAAAACGAACUGCUAGCCAUGAUUAAAGCAGCAAAUGAGUUUUCUGCAGAGCAAUAUGUGGCUAGUAAGAUUGAGAGGGCCAAUCACACUCCUUUGCCAACCCGCUGGAGACACAAGCGUUUGCCCGAAUUCAUCAUCCGACAACUACUCGGACUGGAUAAGAAAAUUAACUAUAAACAUACUGAUGUGUACAAAGCGUAG